AUGCUUAACAUUCAAAGGGAGGAUGGAACUUGGACAAAAAGUGAGGAGGAGUUGGGAAAGGAAGUAGCUGACUAUUAUAGAGUCCUUUUCUCUCAUUCUGGGAGUGAGGGUAUAGCAGAGAUUCUUCAUGGUAUACCUCCUGCUAUCACUACUGAGAUGAAUGCAAAGUUAACUAGAGAGAAUCCUACUAAUUUGAAGAGCUAUAGGCCAAUUAGUCUCUAUAAUGUUGUGUACAAAGUGAUUUCAAAAAUAUUGGCCAAUAGACUCAAGAAUGUUUUGAGCCAUUGCAUUAGUAAAAAUCAGUCAGCUUUUAUCACAGAAGGGUUCUCCAAUUUAUUGAAGAAGGCUGAGAGAGAUAAAAGGAUCUCAGGGAUGAAGAUAAGUAGGACUGGACCAAGCAUGACUCAUUUAUUUUUUGCUAACGAUUCAUUGAUCUUCUGUAAAGCUGAAAGAGAAGAAGCCAGGGAACUUAUUCAAAUUUUGAGGAAGUAUGAGAAGGGGUCUGGUCAAUCUAUAAACCUCGAAAAGUCCUCAGUGUUCUUCAGUAGCAAUGUGAGUCAUCAAAGGAAAGUGGAAGUGAUACAAAGCCUAGGCACAAUUCAGGUGGCUACUCAAGGAAAAUAUCUGCGGCUCCCUAUGGUGAUAACAAGAUCUAAACAGCAAGUAUUUGGCUACAUUAAGGAUAGUAUCAGUAGAAGAAUGAAUAGCUGGAAGAACAAGUUGCUCAGCCAAGGAGGGAAAGAAGUAUUAUUGAAGGCAGUUUUCAUGGCAAUGCCAGUUUAUACAAUGUCCUGCUUUAAACUCCCUAACAAAUUGUGCAAAGAAGUGACCUCCAUUUUUGCUAACUACUGUUGGGGAGAAAAUGAUGGGAGAAAUAAGAUGCACUGUACUGACAACCGUACUGACAAGGACAUUCUGAUUCUGUAA